AUUAAAACUAUUUCCUCCAUUGCUUAUUCUCUCACUCAAAUCAAAUCCCCUUUUCAAUAAUUUCAUGCAUCUUUCAAGUCCACUGCAAUUUUAGCAAAAAUCAAGGAGCCAAUCUAGCAUGAUAAACCAUAUCCUGAGAUUUUUCAAUCUUCAUUCCUUCAUGCAAUUCAACACAAUCACUACUAUGGUCAAGAGUCAAAAUUUAAUUUCUUACCCAGAAAAUUAUUAGUAGAUGAAAAAAACAAAAAUAGUGAAAAUCAUACAAUGAAUGCUCCUCCUCCACGGGAAGACGGCGGCGGCGGCGAGGCCAAAAAUGACGAAGAAGCCGACUAUCUCUUGUCUGAACCACCGUCGCCGCCGGCACCCAGAGGCAGAAUCUUCCCCGUCGACGUGGAGGCGAGCGGCGGGGGCGACGACGACGGCGACCUGGUGGCGCCGCCGUUCACGUGGAAGAAGAUGUGGGAGUUCACGGGUCCUGGGCUGCUGAUGUGCACAGCGUUCCUGGAUCCGGGGAACAUCGAGGGGGAUCUGCAGGCGGGGGCGAUCGCGGGGUACUCAUUGUUGUGGCUGAUGAUGUGGGCGACGGCGGUGGGGUUGUUGAUACAGCUGUUGUCGGCGAGGUUGGGGGUGGCGACGGGGAGGCACUUGGCGGAGCUGUGUAGGGAGGAGUAUCCGUAUUGGGCGAGGAUGUUGUUGUGGUUGACGACGGAGGUGGCGUUGAUUGGGGCUGAUAUUCAGGAGGUGAUUGGGAGUGCAAUUGCUAUCAAGAUUCUCAGCAAUGGGUUUUUCCCUCUUUGGGCUGGUGUUCUCAUUACUGCUUGUGACUGUUUCUUAUUUUUAUUUCUUGAGAACUACGGAGUGAGGAAAUUAGAAGUGUUUUUUGCUGUUCUUAUUUCAAUGAUGGCCAUUUCAUUUGCGUGGAUGUUUGUUGACACAAAGCCCAGUGGAAAGGAUCUACUAAGAGGUCUUUUGGUUCCCAAACUUAGCUCAAAAACAAUACAACAGGCUGUGGGAAUUGUGGGUUGUGUCAUUACACCUCACAACGUGUUUUUGCAUUCUGCUUUGGUACAGUCGAGGAAAAUUGACCCUAACAAGAUUGGUCGCGUCCAAGAGGCUCUCAAUUACUACUCAAUUGAAUCCUCGGUUUCCCUUUUUGUCUCCUUCGUGAUCAACUUGUUUGUCACAUCUGUCUUUGCUGUGGGAUUCUAUGGUUCUAAACGAGCUGAUAGCGUAGGACUAGGAAAUGCAGGGCAGUAUCUUCAAGAAAAGUAUGGUGAAGGAUUGUUACCAAUUCUUUAUAUUUGGGGCAUUGGGUUAUUGGUGGCUGGACAAAGCAGCACAAUAACCGGCACUUAUGCUGGACAGUUUAUUAUGGGAGGUUUCCUUAACCUUCGCUUAAAAAAAUGGCUGAGGUCAUUGAUAUCACGGAGUUGUGCAAUUGUGCCAACUAUAAUUGUAGCUCUUCUUUUUAAGAGAUCAGAAGAUUCACUUGAUGUUCUGAAUGAAUGGCUUAAUGUGCUUCAGUCUAUGCAAAUUCCUUUUGCACUUAUCCCUCUUUUUACCUUGGUGUCCAAUGAGCAGAUCAUGGGGGUCUUCAAAAUUGGACCAGCUAUGGAGAGGGUCGUGUGGACCAUCGCUUCCCUGGUGAUAGCGAUCAACGGGUAUGUUUUGCUGGAUUUUUUCGUUUCCGAGGUUAAUGGACUAUUGUUUGGUUUUCUGGCCUGCAUGGGGACUGCUGCGUAUGUGGCGUUUAUUUUAUAUCUUAUCUCAUAUGGCGGUGGCCUGCGUUCCUCCUGGUUUAGCUUACUACACUUAGAUGGAUAUCAGUAUGCCAAGAACUAAGCCAACAAAUUUUCAUUUAGGAUUGAAGAGGCUCCCAAUUCUUGCCAAACAGCACACAGGCUCUUCAUCUGGUGUUUCGGAAAAGAAGCGUUCGGUUGCCACAAUUUUUUCUAAUUACAGUGCAUUAAUAUAGAUCCAGAAGCCGAUUGUAAAAGUUUCACUGUGAUGUGUUUGGUUUGAAGUAGAUGUGGAAUGAACUGGUUAGUUCUUCAUACACUGUAACAAGUAGGUAUGUCUGAUGUAGUAGCCAAACAGAAAUAGUUAAUAUACUCAGAAGGGAUUCUGAUGAAAUGGAUUUUACAAUGUUGUUGUCCCAAAAACCUGUUUAGCCUUCUCUCUCUCUCUC